AUGGCAUCAGUCAACAACAAUAGUAGCGGUAAAAAACAACUAACUGUCCUAGUGGCACCGGGUGGAUUUGUCGGUCCUCUAAUGUCGGCCAUAGGCAUUGGCGAAGUGUUGCGCGACAGUGGCCACUAUCGGGUAGUGUUUGCCGUUAGGGCCGACUGGCGCGAUAAGCUGGUCAAAUUGAAUUUCGAAGUGGAACUGAUUGGCAAUAAGGAACAGGUAGUCGUCAAAGAUUCAGUAGAAGCCAAUGUCGAGCUGGUACAGGUGGCCAUUGGCAACGAAAGUCUAGUGGAAAAAGCCGUGAAAAUGUUUGAAACUUGGAUUGAAUACAUACCGGUGCUCGAAGCGGAUGAGCCCUACUAUCGGGAUAUUAUUGACCGGAUUCAACCGGAUUGUAUACUAUGCGAACAUUCAACUGUUUCGCCGACACUAAUCAACUACGAGUGCACUAAAAUAUUUUAUCAUAGUAAUAGUGCUCUGGCAAUGGACAUGUAUAUCGAUGAUCCUCGAUUACCGCCAUCACAAUUAGGACUGUCACUUAACAGCGACAAACUGCUGUGGAAACAGUAUAGAAGUCAACUACAAAAAGCAAAACAAAAUAACUAUAAACUAUGGAAGAGUUGGUUUCAAUCACAUGGAUGUCCGCCAUUAAAAGAUAAUCAGUUUUUAUAUCCAUCUCCCGAUGCAAACUUUUAUUUGACACCCAAAGAGCUCGACUACACCGAUAUUAGGCCACUGCCCGACAAUUACUAUCAGUUUGACUAUUUUAAGCGCACAGCCAAUGAUGAUGUGUUUGAACUGCCGGAUCAAUUGAAACAUAAAUCAGGAAAAUUAGUUUACCUGUCGAUGGGAUCGAUGGGCAGUUCAGACGUUGAUCUAAUGAAACGUUUGGUCGCUAUAUUAGCCAAGUCUGAGCACAGAAUAAUUGUAUCGAAAGGUGUCAAACACGACAAGUAUGAGUUGGCGGACAACAUGUGGGGCGAAAGGUUUGUACCACAGGUAAAGGUGUUGCCAAUCAUCGACCUAUUCAUAACACACGGCGGCAAUAAUUCGGUCACCGAAUGUAUGUAUUUCGGUAAACUUAUGAUAGUGUUACCACUGUUUUUCGAUCAGUUCGAUAACGCACAGAUAGUCGAGGACAGGGGUUAUGGUAUACGACUCAAUCCAUUCGAGUGCACUGAACAACAAUUAUUGCAAUCAAUUGACAAACUAUUAAAUGACACAAAAUUAGCCGAAAAGUUGUCAAAAGCAUCGCAUAGAAUACAAACUGAGAAACAAAUUGAAAAAAUACCGGAAAUUAUUGAUAGAUUAGUUAAAAAUAAAAAAUAAUAUUUGAAA